AUGAACCGAAACAAGGUGCUGCUCCUGAUUCUAAUUGCGGUUCUCACGAAUGCUAUUGGGGUUGGAGGAUUGUCAUCCAUACCUUCGAAUAGUCCUUCUUCUAGCAAAUCCUUUCCAAGCCCAAACACCAGCAACGAUGAUAGUAAUCACGAUGACACCAGUACGACUUUUUCGGAAUACAACGACAUGGACAAGGAGGAAAAGAAGAAAUACAAAAAGGCUGUGAAGAAAUUACAGAAGACGCUUGCUUCAAGAUUGCAAAAUCGCAUUCCAGAUUCUAUUGCAGCUUGUGUGAAUCAGGGUAUUCGGCUUGUGGAGCAAGAUGCCUAUAAUGCGGCUAUGAUCAUGCUCCAGAAGGCCCUCGCGCUGGCAUUGAAGAAGGCCUCUCGGUAUCAGAAUUUGGAUUUGCAUCAAGAGCAUCUUUUCAAUAUUUACCUCCAUAUGGGACGAGUCUUGCGACUUCAGAACAACUUGGACGAUGCAAUGGAAAUGUUCGAAAUGGCGCUUGAAAUUGGGCUUACGCUUUAUGGCCACAAUCACAAAGAGGUCGCAGCAGUUUAUACCCAUACUGGAGACGUUCGAUCCCAGCAAGGAAAAGUCGAUGAAGCCAUAGAAGCGUUUGAGAAAGCACUAGACAUACAAUUGGAGGUAAGGGGUCCAAACCAUCUGACAGUUGGGCAGAUUUACCUGAGCUAUGGAUUUUGCUUGCAGCGCCAUCAAGUCAAGCUCGAUUAUGCAAUCGAAUUUCUCGAAAUGGCGCUGGAUAUUCUAUUGAACGAAUACGGGAGAACCCAUCUAGAAGUCGCAAGAUGCUACCACUUGCUUGGAAAAAUCUUACAAGAUCAUCAAGGCAAACAUGAAGACGCGUUACGUAUGCUUGAAAGCGCCCUGGAGAUUCGAUUGAAAUUCCUUGACCAUGACGAUCCAAGUCUUAUCCAUUUGUACGUCGACAUAGCAUGGACCAUGAACGAGCAAGGCAAACUCGACAAAGCAAUAAAAAACUACAACAAGGGACUUGCAAUCGCACUAAAAAAUCAUGACCAUGAUGAUGCUGCUGCUAUGAUCUACAAUAAACUGACAAACAUUUUUUGGCUGCAGGAUAAAUAUGACGAUGCUAUAGAUAUGUCCAAGAAGGAAUUGACGACUCGACUCAAGACUCUUGACAUUGACGAUUCAAGACUUACAGUUACAUACAGUAACAUGGCAACUAUCUUUCGUUCGCUAAAGAAACAUGAUGAAGCAAUUGAAAUGUAUCAAAAGGUACUCACAAAUCAAUUGAAAUACCUUGGGGAGGAGCAUCUAGAUAUAGCAAAGACAUACAAGGAAUUGGCAGAGGCCUUGUCAGAUCAAGGGAGAGAUGGCGAGACAAUGGAAAUGUAUGAGAAAGCGCUUGGAACUCAACUGAAAGCCGUUGGACACGACCACGUGGAUGUUGCAGUGACAUAUUUCGACAUGGGAUGCCACUUGCACUUGAAGCAAAAUAAGACUGAUGAGGCACUGGAGAUGUUGGAGAGAACACUUGCGAUUGAGUCCCAACUUCUUGGUGAGGACCACCCUAAGUUGGCAGCGACCUACCAUGCAAUGGGAUGUGUUAUGAAGGAUCAAAACAAACCGGCCGAAGCCGUGGAAGUUCACAAGAGGGAACUAGAUAUUCGAUUGCAAACAUUCGGUCAUAAUCAUACCUCUGUAGCAUCUUGCUUUCACAACGUGGCAUAUCUGCUGUGUCAGCAAGGCAAAUAUGACGAUGGGAUAGAAAACUAUAUGAAGGCACUCGAAAUUCGAUUGGAAACGUUGGGUCCUGACCAUGAAAUAACGGCAUUCACCUACAAAUUCAUUGGGAAGGCCUUCGACGAGCAGGGCAAAUAUGAUCAGGCAAUUGGGAUGUAUGAAUCAUCACUUCGGAUUUUCUUGAAAUGCUAUGGCGAGGAGGAUUUGGAUGUUUGGCUUUUGCGAUUGGCUAUGGCCAAUUGCUUGAACGCCAAAGGCAAACAUGACGAGGCGAUCACAAGUCUUGAGAAGGUCGUUGUUUCAAUUAAAAAUGCCCCUGGUGACUAUAGAAUACUUCUCGCCACGAUUUAUUCCAAAAUUGGAAUAAUCUUGGCUGUCGAAAUGGCGCUUGACAAGGCUUUGGACGCUUUCCAGGAAGCCCUUACCGUUCAAUUGGACGAACUUGGACAUGACCAUCUGGAGGUAGCGGAGACAUAUGUUUCAAUGGCUUCUAUUUUCUCGGAACAAGGCAAAUAUGACGAGGUAAUAGAAGUGCUUGAAAAAAGUCUUGCAAUCCGAUCCAAGUCUCUUUCGCAUGACGAUCUGCUUAUCACUAAAAUACAAACAGAAAUUGGAACGGCUCUGAUGCACCAGAAGAAGUUUGACGAAGCGAUGAUACUAUAUACUAAUGUGCUUCCCAAUCACGUGACAGCACAUGGUAUUGAUAAUAGCCAGACCGCCUCACUAUAUCACAAUAUUGCACAUUGCUUGGCUAAGCAACAUAGAUACGAAAAUGCAUUGGACAUGCUCGAAAAGGUGCUGACGAUUCGAUGCACGCUUUUUGGUCAGGAAGACUCAAGUGUUGCAGAGACGUACAUCACAAUGGCAGAAUUCCGGGAGGAGCAAGGAAAGCUUGAUGAGGCAAGAGAGUUGCUUCAAAAAGCGCUUUCAAUUCGAUUGCAAGUUUUUGGUGAGGUGCAUCUCGAUGUUGCCGAGUCCUACAGUUUAAUAGCCGGUAACUUUCUCGAACGAGGCAAGUAUGGGGAGGCGAUGGAUAUGUACGAGAGGGUACUGUCGAUUCGGUCGAAGUGUCUCCCGUAUGAUGAUCCGUUGAUAACUUCAACCUUGUUGAAUAUUGGCACCACUCUCCAAUAUCUCGAUAAGUUUGAUGAAGCAGUGAUCAUGUAUACCAAUGCACUUCCUGGACACCUGAAGGCGCACGGCGUCGACCACCCGCAAACGGCUACACUUUACCACAACAUGGCAGCUGCUCUAGAGCAUCUAGAAAAGCAAGACUUCGCAAUCGAAUUGUAUCAGAAGGCGCUAGAUAUCCAAUUAGGCGGUGAGGAAAAUCCUGAUGUUGCAAUGACAUAUAGUGCUCUUGGCAGACUCUUCGAGAAACAAGGAAACUACGACCAAGCAACGGAGAUGGGGUUGAAGGCGCUGUCGAUUCGACUUAGCACCUAUGGCGAGAAGCACCCCUCUGUUAUAUCGGCUUACAAUAAUCUAGGGAGCAUCUUGGAGAGUCAAGAAAAGUAUGGUGAUGCAAUCGAAAUGUAUAAGACUGCGAUUCGAUUGAACACUGAUGAUCACGACCACCGAUAUCUGGCCGCAACCUACAACAAACUGGGUGGUAUCUUACUCAAUCAGGAAAAGUACGAUGACGCAAUAAAAAUGCUCGAAAAUGCUAUCGCUACUACACUAAAGAAUUCAGAUCAUGAUGAUCUUAAUGUGCUCGCUGGAUAUCAGAACCUCGGGACCGUCUAUCAAAGUCAAGAAAACUACGAAAAGGCUUUUGCCAUGUAUCAGAAAGCAGCUGAUCUACUCGGUGAUAGGGAUGAUGACAUGCUUUUGGGUUUAUACAAUAAAAUGGGAGUUGUUUUGUUCCGUCAAGAGAACAACCAAGAGGCCAUGGCCAUGUUUGAAAAGUGUCUUGCUAUUUCGCAGAAGAUCCAUGGUCCUGGUCAUUCAUCACAGGCGAUGCUGUACCAUAAUAUCGGGAAAAUCUUGGAAGAUGAAGGCGAUGACGAAGCUGCGAUGGAAAUGUUUCAAAAGAGAGAUUCAAUUCAAGGCGACUCGUCUCAAGAUGACUGGUAG